GAUUCACGGAAAUUUGUUUGUGGUGGUAUGAGAGGACAGUUUUACCAGUGUGAUUUAGAAGGUCACAUCCUUGAUUCCUGGGAAGGGGUUAGAGUCCAGUGCCUCGCUAUACAAAAUGACGGAAGACAGUUCUUGCUUCCGAUACACAUCAUCGCAUCAGAGGGUACCACUUUGAUGAGGUGCAAGACCAUAAUAUCAUUCAGGAAGACCACAGCAUAAUGUCCUUCACUCUUGAUAAUACUGGCAACUAUGCUUUGCUUAAUGUGGGCUAAUCAGGGAGUUCACUUGUGGGACCUACGCAAUAGAACUUUAGUCCGCAAAUUUA